AUGCCCAACAUGAUACUCUCGCUGGCUCAUUUCUGCGACAAGCACGGUCCCCGAGUUCUUUUGGGAACUCAAUUUGCAGCUGAUGGCGAUUCCCUGCUACUGCCUGACUAUGCGACCGAAACCGUGUGCGAGUCGUGCUCGAUACAUUUUCCUAAUAACGACACUUCGUCGGGCUCAAUACGAACCCGGUUAAGGUCCAGAGACUACGUUUCUACAAACUAUCCCGUGGUUCAGUACCAUUUGAUCUCAUCUGUGAUAAGACACAUGUUUUCGGAGGAGACCAUGACGUACGACAGCGCACCGCUGUCGUUUUUCGACCAGUCUAAAGGCCUGAACUUAGUUAUGGGAUUCAAAAUCCCAGAUACAGAUGCGCGUGGUGAUGAACGACGGUACGCACUUCUACUCACCAUAAACAGCAGUGACCAUGCGUCAGCCAUGAAGCUUAUGUCUAGACACUGGGAAUUCACGACCUACAGCUUCAAAAAAAUCAUAGACUAUAUCAAACAGCGACGAGAUAUCGAGUUACGACGCAGCUUUGCCCAAAAUACACCACGCGAGUUCACCCCGAUGGGUGGUACGUAUUUAAAGGGCAACAACUUCAAAACCCCGCGAAAUUUGGCGCAACUGACGAACGACGAUCUGCUUUUCGUGAGGCUUCACAAAUGGAACACCUUCAUCCUGGAUGUGUUGAAUUCAGACGACAAGUAA